UCAUGAGCAGUCGAUGGAAGGAGAGUAGCGGAAGCGUGCUCCACAAGCCACCUCUCCCUCCCCAAAACCCUAGAUCCUCUCCCCCGCCCCCUCUCUUUCGAUCCUCUCUUCUUUCCUCUCGUCCAAGAUCGAUAUAGAUCUCGCGGAAUUCAGCUCCACAGCUUCCUGAAUCCAUUCUCUCCGUGGAGAAAGAUAUCUUUUUCUCUUAGUUGAGAUCAAGCUGGGUUCUUGCGCAAUCCCUUCUCCGAUCGCUUGAAUCCACUCCCAUCCCGGAUCUCUCCACCAGUUCCAGUUCACUGCAUUUUUUCGGUAUCUAUUCGUAAUUAUCGCCUCGAUCGCGCUUUGAUCGGUUGUAAAGAUCUGAAUUUUACCUGCAUUUCGUGUGACUUCUUUUUGUAAUCUCGUUGAUCCGAGUUUUGCAUUAGAGGGAGUGUUUACCGGGAUUUGUUGAUCAUUUUGAUGUUUUUUGAGGGAUUUUGAGUGGAUUAUUUCUUGGAGGGGGUUGAAUCUGGAGGUAUGGGAUUGUGAACUAGAGGGGGAUUGGUUUUGUGGGCCAUGUCGGUUCCAUCAGGGAAUGCGUUGGUCCCAGAGCGCAUGCAUUUUGCGGGUGGUGGUGGGGGUGGAGUCGGCAGCGGCGGUGAGGUGCAGCGGCAGUGGUUUCUUGAUGAGAGGGAUGGGUUCAUCUCGUGGCUAAGGGGCGAGUUCGCGGCGGCGAAUUCCAUUAUUGACCUUUUGAUUCAACACCUCCGGGCCAUUGGUGAGCCCGGCGAGUAUGAUCAUGUCGCCGGGUGCAUUCACCAGCGGCGCAGCCUCUGGCAGCCUGUCCUCCACUUCCAGCAGUACUUCCCGGUGGCUGAAGUCAUAUUUGCCUUGCAGCAGGUGGCUUGGAGGAGGCAGCAGCAGAGGCACUUCUUUGGGCCGAAGGAGAGGGACGGGAGGAAGCCAGGGUUUGGGUACCGGCACGUGCAUCGUUUCGAAGGUGCUCGGGAGAACCAUAGCUCCCCUGCUUCAGUUUCAAUUGGGAUGGAUGCAGCCGAGACAGAGAAGGUGGAAGAUAAUUUGCAUAAAGGAGAAUAUUUGAUGCCAAAGGACGAAGCCCCGGUGUUGGAAUCGAAAGACUCAUCAGAUGUGGUGGAGAAGCAGGGGGUCGGUGAUCUUUCAACUCUGAAGGGAAAUUGCAGCCUGAAGGAGGGAGAAAAUCCGGUUGGAACUGAGUGCAGUGAAUUGGAGCCUGCUGUUACAGAUGUUAGCACAAACUUGAUAGGGACUAGCAACGAUUUUGUUCCUCACCAUGGUGGGGAUAUUACUACAAAUGAAGAUGGAAAACAGAAAUUUAUUCCAGUUCCCAAAGAUUUUGUGGCUAAUGAAAUAAGUGAUGGAAAAGUGGUCAAUGUUGUUGAAGGACUUAAGCUCUACGAGGAGAUAUUGUAUAGCUCAGAAAUCACCAGACUCGUUUCAUUGACAAAUGACUUGAGAUCUGCUGGUUGUAGAGGAGAGUUUCAAGGGCGGACGAUGGUGAUGUCAAAAAGACCAAUGAGGGGCCAUGGACGGGAAAUGAUUCAGUUAGGCCUUCCUAUUACUGAAGGACAUCCAGAAGAUGAAAAUACAGCUGGGACCUGUAAAGAGCGGAAGGUGGAAGGUAUUCCUAGCUUAGUGCGGAAUGUGUUUGAUCACUUGGUUCAGCUGCAGAUUAUUCCUGUCAAGCCUGACUUUUGCACCAUUGACUUCUUUGAUGAGGGGGACCAUUUGCAUCCUCAUACCUGGCCACCCUGGUAUGGUAGGCCUCUUUGUAGUUUAUUUUUGACAGAAUGUGACAUUGUCUUUGGCCGAGCAAUCAGGGGAGAUCACCGUGGGGGGGAUUACAGGGGUUCUCUCAAGCUCUCUCUUGCAAAGGGAUCUCUUCUUGUGGUGCAAGGAAAAAGUGCUGACCUAGCCAAGCGUGCUAUCCCCUCCAUACGCAAGCAGCGCAUCUUUCUAACUUUUGGGAAGUCCCGGCCAAAAAAGGCUUUUCCAUCAGAAGGCUUGCGCCACUCUUCAUCCACCAUACCUCCACCAUCACCUUGGGGCUCAAGUUCAAUUAGACCGCAGAACGUUGCCCAUCACUCAUCUGGCCCUAAGCAUUAUGGAGUUGUUCCUGCCCCUGGUGUCCUGCCGGCACCGCCCACCUGCCCCCAACACCUGCCCCCACCUGAUGGAAUCCACCAGCAGGUCUUAAUUGCACCUUCCCCUGUCGCCCCUGCAGCUAUGCCUUAUCCUGCACCUGUCCCAGUGACACCCUCAUCAGCUGUAUGGACAGUAGCUGCACCUGCAAGGCAUCCGGCACCUCAACUGCCGGUUCCAGGAACUGGAGUGUUCCUGCCCCCACCUGGAUCUGGCCAUUCUCCAACAUUGCAGCAGCCACCUGUGGCUCCACCAUCCACUGAAACUAGCUUCCGUCCGGACACAGCUGCCUUGCCUGAGAAUGAAAGCGAUGGGUUGGAAAAGCCAAAUUGUAUCAACAAUGCUUCUCCAAACACUUUGCCAAAGAAUAGUGUAGAUGAGACAGGACCUAAACUGGAUUGUAAUGGGAACUCCAGCGGUGAUCCUGUUGUUGGUGGGAGGACGGUGACACGUAAGGAAGACCAGCAGAAUGUUUGUGCUAAGAAAAAGGUGGUGAACAAGCCAGCAGGUAAUGCUACCAAGUAGAUUAAAGUGAUGCAGACAGGAGAGGAGGUAUGUUCUUUUCAAUUCAUAGCAGGAGUGGAUAUUCAGGAAACCAUGCGGGGAGCUUCGGAGCAAAUGUAAAGUGCUGCAAAGAGGUUGCUUGACCACCUUGUGAGUUGAGAUCUAGGACUGAAUCUGUUUUCAAUUUUUGUAGGGUCUAAAAUUUUUCUUUAUUUUUUUCCCAUUUCAUUUUGCUGUUAUUGUUUUCAAACUUAUGCUAUUUAUUUAUAUGAACUUUACUCGGAAGAAGAGAAAAACAUUUUAUCUAGAUAUUACGCUUGCUUAAUCUUUCAGAGGGAGCAGCGAGUUUUUGGCCUCCAGAGCUCAUACAAUCAA